AGCGAGUCAGGCAGCGCCAUGCUCAGCGCCCAGGAGCGCGCUCAAAUCACGCAGGUCUGGGACCUGAUCGCGGGCCACGAGGCGCAAUUUGGGGCGGAGCUGCUCCUCAGGCUCUUCACAGUAUACCCUAGCACCAAGGGCUACUUCCCGCACCUGAGUGCCUGCCAGGACGCGGCGCAGCUGCUGAGCCAUGGGCAGCGCAUGCUGGCAGCGGUGGGCGCGGCGGUGCAGCACAUGGACAACCUGCGCGCCGUGCUGAGCCCGCUGGCGGACCUGCAUGCGCUCGUGCUGCGCGUGGACCCAGCCAACUUUCCGCUGCUAAUCCAGUGUUUCCAGGUCGUACUGGCCUCCCACCUGCAGGACGAGUUCACCGUAGAAAUGCAGGCGGCGUGGGACAAGUUCCUGACUGGUGUGGCCGUGGUGUUGACCGAAAAGUACCGCUGAGUCCCGUGCGGUGCAGGCUUGGUCUGUGCCUGUCAAUAAACAGACGUCCCAAACAUCUG